GUAGCAGAACCCCCCAGCUCGCUCACACCAGUGACAGGGAUAUGGCUCCUGUGUGGUAAUAUCCCUGUAUAUCGCUAUUUUAAGUGUGGCUUCUUCCAGUUUAAUUUGUGCAGGAAAAGCCAGGGCUCUGUAUUCUGGACUUUGGAGCUGUUCUGAUGUCACAUUGCAGGAGAAACCUUCCUGACUGGGAGGGUUAAAGAUGAAGUGGGGCAUACACCUCAAAUUUGCUUGAGUGGGAGUAAGAGAGCAAGAAAAAGUGUGGAAAAGACUCCAGAUGGUGAUGCAGCAGCCAUACAGCUGAGGAUGGCACCUGGACAGUCCCCUUGGAAGCAGGAGAGCAGUCCCCCGGGAGCCAGCCUGCUCUCUCAGAGGCACAGCCCCUGUGUCCCAGCACAGGGUGUCCUGGUGUCCUGGUCAUCGGGGGAGCCCAGGCUGUGGAAGCAAUGGGAUAGAAGGCAGCUGCCCUGGAGCAUCUGGCACACGGGAGCCCUGUGCCAGCCCCUGUGAGGGCUCACCAGGUCAGAGAGGUUGCACUGGAUUUAUCAAGAACGUGCCUUCAUGAUGCGGCGGAGCAGGAAGAUCCCGGCAGCCUGAAAGGAGCAGGUCUGCAAGGUGCUGAGCUGUCCCAGCUACUGGUUUUUUGCAGGUAUGCACCGAUUUAGGCAGCAGCUGCACACCUGUCUGUCUCCAGCACAGUUGGUAGGAACCCAGUGUGGGUCACUCAGCCCAGCCACAGAGCCAGAACCAGCAUCCCACCCCAAACCCAGCCCUCAUCCCUGUGACUGCUUCAAGUGGAGAACUGAUUGGAAGCCUAUUCCUGCGGCUUUCCAAAACCAGCAGGCUUCAGGGCCACCAAACCAGGAGUAUUUUUCUGAAAUACAUCAGGCACAGUGACAGUGCCAGGACAGAUGAAAACAUGAACUUGCAGGGGGGAAAUGUGGGGAUGCUGCUGAGGCAGCUAGUGCUGAUGUGCCCAGGGUGGGUUCAUGCAGGAGCAGAGGCACGGGAGUGGGUUCCAAGGCUGGAGAACAUAAAGGAAAGGUCUGCAGGGAGAGAGAGACCCACAGUUUAGGUUUGUCCUCCCAGCCUGACCUGUGCCUCCCAGGCAGCUUCCUGGAAAAUAAACAACUGAUAUUGUUUAUCAAGUAUAAUUGCUAACUGGGGAUAAUUUUUGAGAGCAGACCUAGAGACCGAAGGGGGCUGUUGGUGAAUGUCAACAUCAGUUCAGCAGCUCCAUUAGUCCCAGCAAUUAGUUCCAACCAUUUGGAAAAAGCCGGUGGGAUAGUUUUCGUUUUGGCAUAACUUAGUGAUAAAACAGCUCCUUUUCACACAGACAGGCACUGCUUUUGUAGUAUCUUACAGGGCUCCUCUCCAGCUGCUGGAGGGGAGGGAGGCAGUGUUAUCUAUCUCCUGGGCUAAGCACAGUGUGCCUUGUGAGAGGGGAAAAUCAGUCAAUCAUGAGCUUUUGUGAACAGAACAGCUUUGGUCACUGCCAUGGGCUAGCUAGCACCUGGCAGGCAGUGUGGGCAGCAGGGUAGCAUGGGUAGCACACCCCAGGCUCCUACCCCUGACCAGUGUGAAACACCUGCUGCUUGGACUUCAUUUCACUGCCCAGUGAGCUGUCCUGGGCUGCUCUUUGGAGCUGCAGCUCCCACCUGUGCCUUGAGCAGUGCCAGCCGACACCAAAUCCUGCCCUGGGCUCUGCUUCCCACUCCCUGACACAGACCUCAGCUUUGGGCCACUCAAGGUCUGUCCAGGGACUCAGGAGGCUGCACUUUUAAGUAACGGAUGCAUUUGCCCACUCUCAGCAUUUAUCAGUCCCAGUUUGUUGUACAGGUCCAUCCAGGUGUCUUUGCAGAGGUGAAGAGGGACAGGUUUGGUUCUUUUGCUCCCUGCCAGCUCGGGGACCUCUCUCCCUGCUGGUCCAGCUGCCCCAUGCCCACAGGGACUCCUGCCAGCUUUCCUUCCCGCUCCGAGUCCUGGCUGCUGCAGCCCCGUGUAAGCAGGGCUGGUGGACUAUUUGCCCUGUUACCCUUCAAGCAGCCAAGCUCCCAGCUCUGAGCUGCUGAACUGAACUCGUCCUGUGACGGCCAAGGCUUCUGCGGCGGAGCGGGCGGGACGCGGAAAGCUCGGCGGAGGAAAGGGAAGACCCUCCCUUGCAAGGGGGAGGAGGCAGCAGCUUUUUGCCCGCAGAGCAAACGGGAGGCCCUGCGCCACUGCCGCUUUCAGUUUCGUUUCCCCACAGUGCCUCGCUCCUUGCUCUCAGCCCUGUUGGCGAGGCUGGGGCGCCAUGGUCGAGGCGGGCGCUGCGGCCCGGCUGAAGGACGAGCUGACCUGCCCCAUCUGCCUGGAUGUUUACAGGAACCCCGUGUCCCUGGGGUGCGGUCACAGCUUCUGCGAGGUGUGCAUCCAGGAGGAACAGAAAUGCCAGCAGGGCCCUUCCAGGUGCCCACUCUGCCUUACCCCCAUAGACCAAGCCGGGAAGCCGAAGCCCAACUUCCAUCUCCGCAACAUAGCGCAGAACUUUUUGGAUGCUUCUGCUCAUCAAGAGGAGGAAGAGCAGGAAGUGCAAUGCAAAGAGGAGGAGGAAAGUUCGAGGCAGCAAGAGGAGGUGAUCCUGUGUGAUUUCUGCCUUCAGGAGCCUCAGCCAGCCGUGAAGACUUGCCUGACCUGCGAGGCCUCCCUGUGCCAAGCCCACCUGAGCAAGCACAGCACAAAGAACAUCCAGAGAAACCACGUCCUGGUGGAGCCCUGUGGCGCCGAGGCUUUGGCUGAGAGGAAAUGCCCCCAGCACGGCAAAUUGCUGGAAUGCUUCUGCACGCAGGACAAGGUCUGCAUCUGCAUGCUGUGCUCUGUCCUCAGCUCCCACAAGGACCACGAGAUCAUCAGUUUGGAGGAGGCUUUUGGCCAUGCCCAGAGUGUUUUUCCUGAAACUCUGAAACAAGUGAAAAAGUAUGAAGCUCAGCUGGAUCAAAAUAUAGCAAAGCUGCUGAAACAAGAGAAGGAAGUAGAGACUAAGCAGAGUCUGCAGAGGGAACAGCUGGAGAACCUAUUCAGAGAGAUCAAUCUGCAGCUAGAGAAAAAAAAAAGUGAGAUCCUGAAAGCUCUCAGUGACCAUGAGAAGCAACAACUUUCUCAGAUUCAGAAGGAGAUAAAGAAGCAUGAAAAGCAGAAGCAUUCAGCCAGCCAUGAUGUUCAGGAGCUGGAGGCUCUGAGAAAUCAGAAAGAUGUACUUCUUUUCACCAAGGCUUUUACAGCAAUUCACACCAGGAAACGCAAGCCAGUUGCUGUCAUGGAUGGUGUGAAACUGCCAAACUCACCUAUUGCUUUGGAUAAAUCAAAAACACUCAAUACUCUAUACCUUUUCCAGGAAUUCCUUUCAAACAUGGAGUCCUCAUUUAAACCACCACCUGAGGUGGUGGUUUCAACUCCUCACAGCAGUACAGGUCAACCAGGUUACCCAGAUCCAUAUUGCUUUACUUUUACCGUUGGCAGUACUCCUCCUCCCAGCUUUACUUCAGAUAAUGGCUUUGAUGGGUUCUUUCGGAAAUUCUCUGGCUUGGGCGCCAUCUCUGCGGCCAUGGAAAAAGCUAGUGAGGAGUUUGAAGGAGGUGCCAGCCUGGAGGCCGAACUCAUCUGUUCCAUCUGCCUGUGCCUCUACAAGGACCCAGUGUUGCUGAGCUGCCGUCACAGCUUCUGCCAGCAGUGCAUCCUGAAGGUGCUCACAGCCCGGCAACAAUCCCUGGCUCCUCUGACCUGCCCCGUGUGCAGGCUCUACCUGGGGCCCAACCUGGAGCUGCAGAAAAAUUUCCACCUGUGCAACAUCGUGAAGGCAUUUCAGGCCAAGACUUCCAAAGAAAAACACGGCAAGGGCUCUGAAGAGGAGAGGACAGAGGUGUUCCCCUGUGAGUACUGCCUGGAUGAGACCCAGCCAGCGGUGAAAACCUGCCUGAUCUGCGAUGCGUCCUUGUGCAAGGCCCAUCUGAACAAACACAACUCCAAGGCUUCCUGCCGGGACCACAUCCUGGUGCAAGUGGGAGCAGGCGGUGUGGUGGAGGAGAGGAGGUGCCUGCAGCACGGCAGGAUGCUGGAAUACUACUGCUGCUGGGAGGGGCAGUACAUCUGCAUGCUCUGCUUCACCAGGGGGGCUCACAUGAACCACAGGGUCAUCACCCUGAAGGAGGGACAUGACGAGCAGCUGACUAAACUCUUGAACACGGUGACACGGCUGCAGCAAUAUGAAAGUGCCUUGGUUACCGCCCUAGAAGAUCUUCAGAAAAGUGAGAAUCAGCUCAAGACCAAUACAAAGACAGUGACUUCUCAGAUACAAAAGCUGUUUGAUGAGUUAAAGACAGAGUUGGUUAAGAAAGAGCAGAAGAUCCUGAGUGACAUUCAGUCUAAUGAGAAAAAACAACUGGCAGACAUUAACAAAGUGAAGAAGGAAAUGGAAGAGAGGAGAAAGGAGGUUAAGCAGAAUCUUCAGCUUUUGCAGAAGAUGAGAGAGCGACAAGAUAUUUUCCUCUUCUUCAAGGAAUUUCAACUGGCCACAGACAGGAUUGCGAGGCAGAAUUCGAACAUUGACAGGGCAGACGUGGUGGUGGUGCAGGUGGAUCACACCAGGAUUGGCUGCUACCAAGACUUGAUGCGGUACUUCACGAAGGACCUGGACUGUGUCCUGCGCAAACUGCAAGGUGUACUCGCCAACCAAAUUAAGUGGAACAGGGCAAACCAAAGUAAAGGACUAGCAUGUGACAGAUAUAAAACUUCUUGGUUCGCGAAUUACCAGCAGAAAAAGAGAGGCGAAGAACAAACGUCAGAACUGAGAUGGAAAGGAAAAGUUUAAUAUUGUUACCUUUAAUAAUGAGAAUCUGCCAAGUGUCUUGACCUCCCCUGCAUCCCUUCCAUUCAAAUCAAUUCUGUAGCAGAUGCAAAUUUAAAAAUGAAGUGCUAAGAAUUACAUGAAUGUAAGAAAAUCUUUGGUUUCUGUUGUUUUCCAAACUGUGGGCUGUAUCACCUCGUGGUUCUCAUUAUAUUUGUGCACUAUUGUUUGUGGUGAUUCUGUUGUCAUUAGGU